UGGGGUCUUGACAUUCGCCUGCCCCCUCUGUCCUGUAGCUACGCAUUAUUUUUUGAGACAUUGUGAGUUUUCCUUCAGUGUCACAAUGACUCGUCCAGCACUCAGAUUGAUUCUGUUGGGCUUCUUUCUCAUCUCUGCCUCUUCAGCUCCUGUUAAAAAGACACAAGAUGUGAAUAUUUACAGUUUCUACAUUAACUCUACUGUGACCAGUCGCUACGCCACCACAAUCAUCACAAGCCGUGUGGCAAACAGACUUAAUGAAUCUCAGGAGAUCUUCUUUGAAGUGAAAAUACCCAAGAAUGCCUUCAUCAGCAAAUUCAGAAUGACCAUAGAUGGAAAGAGCUAUGAUGGAGUUGUGAAGGAGAAAGCAGACGCUCAGCAGCAGUACAGUCAAGCAGUUUCACGAGGACAAAGUGCUGGACUCAUCAAGUCUGUUGGAAGGACUUUAGAAGAAUUUAAAACAUCAGUGAAUGUGGCCGCUCUCAGUAAAGUCACCUUUGAGUUGACUUAUGAGGAACUGCUAACGCGUCGCCUUGGCAAAUAUGAGCUGCUCAUCAAUGCACAACCAAUGCAGACGGUGGCAGAUUUCAAGAUUGACGUACACAUCCAUGAGAAACCAGGAAUUUCCUUCUUGGAGGUGACAGGAGGUCUGAGCACCAAUGAUCUGGCCAAUGCCAUCAAAACUACCAGAGCUGACAGUGAUGCAUGGGUGACCUUUUACCCCACUCGAGAGCAGCAGACCAAAUGCAAAGACUGUGAUGAAAAUGGGCUGAAAGGAGACCUGCUCAUUACAUAUGAUGUUGAGAGACAAAAUCCUAAUGGUGAAAUGAAAGUAUCAAAUGGGUAUUUCGUCCACAACUUUGCACCCUCAGAUCUUCCACGUAUUCCCAAAAAUGUGGUGUUUAUCAUUGACCGAAGUGGCUCCAUGCUUGGCAAAAAAAUUGAGCAGACACGUUUGGCACUGCUAAAGAUUUUGAAUGAUCUUUCUGAGGACGAUCACUUUGGAUUGAUCACGUUUGACAGUCGAGUUGAUUUGUGGAAGCGUGAACUCCUUAAAGCUACCAAGGCAAACCUGGAUGACGCGAAAUCAUUUGUGCAGGAGAUUACAGCUAGAGGAGCCACGGACAUAAAUGCUGCGGUGUUAGAAGGAGUAAAUAUGUUCAAACAGCAGCCACAAGCUGGAUCUGCUUCAAUCCUUAUUCUUCUGACCGAUGGAGAUCCAACAUCAGGUGAAACCAACACAGAAAGGAUUAUGUCUAAUGUGAGAAAGGCCAUUGGGUCAAAGUUUCCCCUCUAUUGUCUUGGUUUCGGAUAUGAUGUGAAUUUUGAUUUCCUAACAAAAAUGUCACUGGAAAAUAAUGGAGUUGCUCGCAGAAUAUAUGAGGAUUCUGAUGCCGAUCUACAGCUGCAGGGCUUUUAUGAUGAAGUUGCCAUCCCGCUCCUAACUGAUAUUCAACUUAACUACAUAGGAGUCUCAAAUCUUACCCAGACCAAUUUUGCCCUGUACUUCAACGGCUCUGAAAUUGUGGUAUCCGGACAAAUUACAGACAACAAUGUGGAGAGCAUCAGCACUGAAGUCAUCGCAAUAUCAAAAGGCAGUAAGGUGACGUACCAAAACACUGUAACAACAAAAGAUGUAAUUGAUGUCCCAUCUGAACAUGAAGAUUUUGUGGAAAGACUGUGGGCCUACCUUACAGUGAAACAACUUCUGGACAAACAUGUUCUUCUUGAAGGUCCAGAAAAAGAGGCUGUAAAGAACGAAGCUCUCAAACUUUCACUCAAAUAUCAGUUUGUUACAUCUCUCACAUCUAUGGUUGUUACCAAGCCACAGGAAGGUGACGUGGAGGUUGCAAACAAACCCAAAGAGGGAAAGGAAUCACACAGACCUCCAGUUUCUAGUUAUCCGUCAUUAACUCCUCGAACAGGCUAUGGUUUUACAGCCGAUUCAGGUCGUACACUGCAUUACGGUUUUCCAGGUCGUACAAGGCAUCGCGGUGGUCCAAUGCAUCACAGUCGUCCAGGGCUUCACGGUCGUAGGUAUAGAGUUCAUCCAUGGAUUGUCGGUCCUCCAGACUAUGACGGUCGUAGAGGGUAUAACGCUUUUGUUAAUCGGAAAGUGGCACCUACAUAUGUGACACGUACAUUUGUGGCACCUACUCAAUCAGCAGUUCCCGCAGUUCGUAAUAAUCGGUUCCUGCUGCCUGCUGAUGGUCAGCCGAAACCGCUUUGUUUUGAUGUCCCUAUUCCUCACAAACUAAAAUUGCUACAGGAUUCUGCUUUAGGGUUCUCUAUGAAUGGAAAGUCUAGGGGAUCUAAAAUUGGAUUCCAACAAAUCACCAUUCAUUACAAAACAAACCAUCACCUGACAAUAAAUACAAACUCUACUAAUUAUAAUGAUGGCCAGAAUAAUGUUCAGUAUCUGUGGGGCCAGGAACCUUCCCAACAUGAUCAUGAGGGUAUCAUAUUAAUUCUGCGGGACAAUGAAAUGGAUGUUACGAUUGGAAAUAUCCGUGUUGUUAUUGUACUUCAUAAGAAACGUAAGGAUGUGUUUCUGUGGCCUGCGGUUUGGCAACAACCAAAAAAUGUCACUUUGGCAGGUAUUUUAGGAAAAGACAAAAUUUCGUAUGAGGAGAUUCAAGGGUCAACUCUAAAGAUAAUGGACAAUGAUGUGAAAGCGUCAUGGGAUGAAAUGACAGACUACAGAAUUGCUUCAGCUCCAGUCGUCAGAUGUUGGCUUGUGCCGUUCCAGGCUGUGAUGAACGGAGAGAUUUCUGAUUUUACUGUUACUCACAUGUAGAGUUCACAGCAUGUGUAUGUGAUAUAAUACAGAGCAUACCUUAACCAUUUGCCUCUUUGCUCCUCAAAAUCUGCUUGAUUUUAUCCAUGUGCUUAUCUGUCUUCAUUCUGAAGUCAAACCAAUGCCUCUUGCAGUUGGACACAUAUUUUACUGUAUUCACAAAAUCACAAUAAAAUCUACUAAGCAAUAA